AGUACACGCCAAAGCCAAACAAGUGGCUCUGCCAAUCCUCGGUCCCUAGCCAGCUUGUCGACGCUACCGGAGCUCCGGCAAUCGGAAUGGCCUUGCUGCACCCGGCUCCUACCUCUCCCCUCCCCACCGGCCAUCGCCACCGGAGCACUGGCCUGGUCCUCCGGCGACCAGCACUAGUUCACUCCACACGACGUUUCCGAUCGCACGCGCAGAAGGGCCCGAGCACCGGCACGCCCUCGGGCUCCGAGUCGGACAACGUCGUCCUCAAGGCCGCGUGGUACGCUUCCGAGGCCCUCGGCGUCGCCGCGUCCUAUUUCCGGCCAUCGCCGUCUCCAGAGGGAGACGCCGAAGCUACAAAUGACGAAGGCGCGUCAGAGUCCCUGUCGACCCUAGGCCCAGCGCAGAUCGCCGAGGCCAUCAAGGAUGACUUCGCGCGGUCGUACUUCGUUACAGGAAAUCUGACGCUCCGGGCGUACGAGGACGACUGCGAGUUCGCCGACCCGGCGGGCUCAUUCAGAGGCCUGCAGCGGUUCAAGAGGAACUGCACCAACUUCGGGUCCCUGCUGGAGAAGUCCGACAUGAAGCUGACCAAAUGGGAGGAUCUCCAGGACAAAUCAAUUGGUCACUGGCGUUUCAGCUGCAUCAUGUCGUUCCCGUGGAGGCCCAUUCUCUCCGCAACCGGGUACACUGAAUACUACUUCGACGCUGAGUCGGGGAAGGUGUGCAGGCAUGUCGAGAACUGGAAUGUUCCCAAGAUGGCACUCCUGCGGCAGAUUUUCAGGCCGAGCAAAUGGGCAUGGGAGAAACGCUAAAAACGGGCGCAGAGAUCGGUUGUAUAGUACAGUAGCUUUGAUGUGGCGUUAGGAGGGAGGAGAGUGACAAGUUUGUAAUAUCUGGCUUGGCUUACAAGUUCCAGGUCCUGAACUAUUAGCGCACUCUGUCCAAAUGGGAGCUAUUAUUCUGAACAUUGUAACAGUGAGUAUGUAGAAGUGUAAUCGAUAGAGUUCUGAAUGAUCAAAGAGGUCUAUCAGGGCAUUUCUAUCAAAAAAUAAAAAUAGAUGCAAUUCUAUCAA